UGGUCACUGGGGCUCCCCAGGACGAGCUGGCCACUGCCCCCCCCCCGGUCCGGCGGCUCCGGGAGCACCUGGCGGCCACACCCAACCCCGCCCUGCUGUGGGCGAUGUACACCAGCCGUGGUGAUCUGGGCCUGGAGCGGAGCGGGGCUGGGAGCCUGAGCUGCCCGGUCCUGCUGGUGGUCGGUGACAACGCCCCCCAUGAGGACGCCGUGGUGGAGUGCAACGCCAAACUGGACCCGACGCAAACAUCCUUCCUGAAGAUGGCUGAUGGCGGUGGGCAGCCCCAGAUCGCCCAGCCCGCCCGGCUGACCGAGGCCAUCAAGUACUUCCUGCAGGGCAUGGGCUACAGUGAGUGACCCCUGUGCAUCAGGGGCUUGUUCAUAUGCAUGAGGGGCUCGUUAAUAUGCAUGACACACAGCCCUAGGGAGGGGGCGUGGCUUUGGACAGGGUGUGGAUUUGGGCUAAGGGGGCGUGGUUAAGGGAAAGGGGUGUGGUUUAACAAGAAAUGGGCGCGGUUUGGAGGAAAGGGGUGUGGUUUGAAGGGAACGGAGUGUGGUUUGUGUGGACUGGCAUGAUUUACAUAGAAGGGGUGUGGUUUGGUGGGAAAGGG